AUGCGCGGAGGUGACGCUUCUGCUGGAGUUGGUCGUGAUGCCAGCGGCUGCCCUGAAGUUGGAUUGGCGAACGAGGCGUUGUUCAACGCUUCGCACGGCACUCCUUCGGAAGGUGCGGUCCGAGACGAUGUCAUCGGAGAUCUGGCUCCGUCAGCUGUAGCACGUGGUGUGUCUGAGGUCGCGCGCACGGCAGUCCGCGAGAGGAGGCGCGAGCAGCGGGAACGUGGUCACCGGGCUGGGGAUCCUCAAGGCUGCGUGCCAGUGGGGGGGCAGGAGCAGAACGUAGAAGAGAGACUGCGAGAGGGUGAGAAGGAGAAAACAAAGAAGCAGGCGGAGGUGCAAGACGACCGAAGGGAAGAGGAGGAGGAGGAGGAGCAGGAGGAGCAGGAGCAGGAGGAGCAGGAGCAGGAGCAGGAGGAGGAGAAGGAGGAGGAGGAGGAGGAAGAUGGCAAGGAAGAGGAGGAGUGGGAGGAGGAGGAGGAGGUCGAGAAGGAGCAGGGGGAGGAGGAGCAGGAGCAGGAGGAGCAGGAGCAGGAGCAGGACGGGCAGGAGCAGGAGGAGGAGGAGGAGGAGGAGGAGGAUGGCGAGGAAGAGGACGAGUGGGAGGAGGAGGAGGAGGUCGAGGAGGAGCAGGAGGAGGAGGAACAGGAGCAGGAGGAGCAAGGAACACAAGACAACAACGAUCACGUGCGGAUUCAUCAGAUAAUGAAGGCUGUAGCCGAAGCCGGCCUUGUGCCAGACCUCGACAUGUUCGUGGCGGCAGCGGAGGCGUGCUCGAGCGCCGGAGACGACGCGGGAGCGAUGCAUUUCUGCGACCAGGCGGACAAGCUCGUAUCCCAACGAGGAAGCCACGCGCGUAGAGCGGCGAAACGUCGCUUUUCUGAACAGCAGCGGUACAGCGUUGUCACCCCCGAGCGCGCUUCGCGCCAAGAAUAUCGAAGCGGAAACGCGAAGACCGGUCGCGGGCCUCCUCCCGCUCCCGUGCGGACCGUAGCGAGACUCGCAGCAACCGCGCGCCCCGGAGGGAAGGAGGUAGAUGCCAAGCGCACCGAGCUAGAGCAAGAAACGCUCUCGAUUCUGGAUCCAAGCAGCGGCAAACGGCCUCACCGGCCUCAUGACGUGGUAGAUGCAAUGGGCGACGAGCUACUGGAGCAAGAAGAGCUCUCAGUGCUUGAUGCGGGCAGCGACCACAUCGUGCGUGGUAGCAAUGAGCAGCACGCGCCCAACCAGGACAAGAGGGGCGGCGUUCUCGAGCCAUGCCUGGGACCCCCGCUAGGAGGCGUCGCCACGCGAAGCGAUCCACACACGAAGGCUGGUGGCGGGGUACGCACUGUGGCCGAGCUCAAGCAAGAGCUGGGACAGCUGUGCGGGGCGGUGUGGCGCUUGGUGGGGCAGCAUCAGACGGAGAGAGCCUACCAGCUGGCCCUCUGCAUGGAGCUCGUGAGACGGGGGGUCACCGUGGAGGCCGAGGCGGAGAUUCCGACCGCGCAGUACAGGGGGGAGUACGUCGACUGGAGGAGGCUGGACCUUCUGCUGCGCGUAGCGGACAGGUCGAUGGCGAGGCGAGGGCGCUAGCAGCAGCAGCAGCAGCAGCAGCAGCAGCAGCGGUGGUAGCACAAAAAGAGGAAGUAGAAAUACGGGAGACGCUACAGGAACUACCACCAUAAUAGUGGUCGCUGUAGUAGCGAAUGCUCGUACACUAGCCAAAUCAAGCACUACCUGGAUAUUUCCGGCAUCAGCCACGGUUUCCUGGUCAACUUCCCGCGGGACGCGGGAUUCCCACCACCACGUCGCCACCGGCGAGAGAACGGCAGCGCUGUUCGGAGCGGCUACUCCUCGAAACGACGCCCCUCAACACAGCAGCAACAGUCCUGCUAGUAUUGAUAGUAGUAGGUGGCGCCGCGGCGACGAUGGUGACAGUGACAUUCCGGCCCCCAGGUGUGGUACUUCUACCGAGCAAGUCGGUAGCAUCGUUAGAGGCGGAGAGAUGGAACCCCCUUGUGGAAAGAGUUUGUUUCAAAGCGCGAUCGCUCCACAACCAAAAGCUCUUGUUCUAUUGUGCCAACACCAAGAAUGUUCGUUUUCGGAACAGCUCUCUUGUCGAGGCCUUUGCGUCGACGUAUGUAUCGGGCUCUCUCCGAGCCCCCUUGUUUGUGAAGCAAUCGAGCUUUUACAGUCGGUCUAGCGGGGGUGGUAUCUCUCCGCGCGCUCGCACGGUAGGGAACGAACCAUCUCGGACGAACUGUCGACCCGUGACCUUUUACGUUCUUGUUGUAUGGACCUGUAAAGCAUGGCAAGGAGGGGGGCUCAACGGCAAAAAAUUGUGUUCAAAUUGCUCGGGCUCGAAGUAUGAAGAACGGCUUGUUCACAACAGACUACUACGCUGCGCGGCAUUGUUGUGUAAACACUACAGUUGUAGUGGAUUGAUUUCUGAGACUGUUGCUGCCGAACAUUGUUGCCUUGUGUGAAUACUACUAUGAUGGCAUUUCUGGGCAUUACUAUUCUACGCAUAACACGUGAUCGACGACAGACGGUGGCGUCCUAGGAGCAUUGAUUGGAUGGGUGCAUUCCUGUGUGAAGCAAGAGCAACAAUAGAGUAUGCCGGCAACAGCUGCACGGAGGACCAGAAGUUGACGCUAAAUAGCAAAUGUAGCAGUUUGGCAGGGAAUCCUGUUGCGGGGUGUGUGCAUUCGUUCAUGCACCACGUUGCGCAAAUAAACGUGUCCGCCCGUCCUUGGUUGAAACUUUGUGUUCCUGUACAAGUAUAAAACGCGCUGUUGGCAUUCUUUGGGCCAAGAUGACGUCAAGUCGAAAGACUGCGAAGUUCGCGAUAAAAAAAAAAGCAAGAAUUAUAAUUCUCAAUCCUUGCGGAGAGAAUCGAGCUGGGAUUCAUUCGGCAACAAUAUGGAUGAACCUAUUGACCCUAGGGGUAGAUCACGUAGCAGCUACGGAUGACUUAUCAGUGCCAAAACGCCAAUGUUCCCUAUAAACAUGAUCGGUUUGAACUGCUGCAGUGCGGUGCCUGCAUGUGUACCUGACUGCUGUGCGGUGCCUGCAUUACAUCUAUCUGCUGUCCCCUGUUGGACCGAGGUGGGUAUUGCAAGACUCAUCCUCUGUGUCGUUUGCGGUCACAUGUAUUGGGUAUUCAUUGUCAUCACUUUUGCCUUGACUAGGUAAACCUCGAUCUAUCUGCAGAAAUAUACCACGGGGGUCUUCUCGAGGUUGGUCCCGGGGUUGCUAGUAUACCAUUGAGUGUGUUGGUGGAGAACCUUGGUGUCGGUGAGAUAUGUGUAGAAUGUACGUUCAAAGCUUUGUAUGGAGUGGGCAUGCAUCAACCUUUCCUUGAAAACGCCUGGU